UUUAUAUCAUUUCAGAUGAAGAGGAGAGAAAUGGCUAAUAGGAAGACCUAAAAAAUAAUAAUUUUCAUUUCGUAUAUAAAGGCUAGUGAACGGAGAAGAUGACGAGGGAAGAAGACACCGCAGUAACAUCAAACGGCAUGAACGACGAAUAUGCUAAUAAUAUUAACAGUUGCAGUGCUUCUGAUAACAACCGUAACGGAGACGCUAACCAGAUCAGUCAAGUAUGGGGAACGUGGGAGGAGCUUCUGUUAACAUGCGCCGCUAAACGUCACGGUUCUAAAGAUUGGGACUCCGUCGCUAAGGAGGUCGCGUCACGGAGCUCUCUCAACGCCUCCGCUCAUGAUUGCAGGCUCAAGUACGAAGAUCUCAAGCGUCGGUUCGACGACGACGAGGACGACGACGGGCGAGGAAAUACCGAUGAUAGAGACGGCGAAAUCGUCGAGCGGUUACGGAGUCUCCGCGUGGCGGAGCUCCGGCGUGAGGUUCAGCGACGCGACGAGUCGAUAUUGUCGCUUCAGUUAAAAGUUAAGAAGCUAGAGGAGGAGAACGAUGGUGACGAUAAACCAGAUCUGGAAGCGGUUAGAUCGCUCAACAACGAAACGGAGCCGGUUAGGCUAAACCGGGGAACGACGGAGUCUGACCACCGGUCGAUGAACGAGUCUAACUCUACGGCCUCCGUCGAUAAAAUCGCCGAUCAUGAGCGAUUAGACAAUUCGAGAAAUCCAGAUCCCGCUCAUAAAGCGGCGGAGGAGGAGGGAGAGGGAACGGUUAGUAGAAGAUCGGGAAUGAGUCAUUCCGGCGAGUUAGGCGAGUCAGGAACGUCCACAGGGACUCGGAAGAGGACGAGGAGAGGACAGAAAUACAUGAGCGGCGAGGAUAGCAGUAUACGCGGAGGAAGCGGCGGCAAUAUUAAAACGGCGGGGAAUAAAUCGCAGCCGUUGGUUGAAAUCAUUAAGCUGAUUCGUUCUCAUCCACAAGGAUCCGUGUUCGAAUCCCGUCUUCGGAGCCAGGAGACGAAGAAUUACAAGGGAUUGAUAAGGCAGCAUUUGGACAUUAAAACAAUAGAGAAGAAGAUGGAGAAAGGAUCUUAUGUUUCUUCAAGUCUCUCUUUUUACAGAGACCUCAAGCUUCUCUUCACAAACGCCAUCGUUUUCUUUCCUACAUCUUCCUCAGAAUACAUGGCUGCACAAGAGUUAAAAACCCUCGUCUCAACCGAAAUGAAGAAAAGAAACGGAACAUCGAUUCACAGUGUCAUCAAAACGGAUGCGCUAUCGUUGGUUUCUAGACAGAAACCGUCUGCUCCUCCUCUCGUUGCAUGUGAGAAGAAGAGCUCUGCUUUGACAAAGACACUUCCUUCUUCAAGGCUAAAACAAAAGGAUGAGAAGAAGACUCGAGAAGUUUCAGAGGAGAAGACUCUGACUACUGCUGCAAGAAGCUCGAGGAGAACGAGCAAUGGUAUAGAAGUUGUUGCCAAGAAUACCAAAAUGGGACGAGCCAAAAAUAACAAGAAACAAAAAACAGAUUCGUCGAGUGAUGAUGAUGAUGAUGGUGACAAAGAAGAGACUCCAAAGACAGAGAAGAAGAGAGCAGUGGCAGCAUCAGAGAAGAAGAAGAGUGUAGCUGAAUUCUUGAAAAGAAUAAAAACGAAUUCUCCACAGAAAGUAAAAGAAACAACGAGUAAAGAUCAGAAGAAGAGUGCUGGAAACGUAAAGAAACAGAACAGUAAAGCGAAACCGAGGGAGCUGAGGAGUAACAGUACGGGCAAAAAGAAGGUUGAUGUAGAGAAUAACAGUAACAAGAGUUCAUCUAAACGAAAGCAAUCAAAGAAAGAAGCAGAGGAAGUUACUGAUGCAGGUAGGGAGUCAGGGAAAGACAAUCAACAGCCAAAGAAACGAAACAGAAGAUGAAAUUGAUGAUUUAUUGUGGUUAGGUAUUGUACAUUUGAUAUGCCAUAAUAUUCAUCAAUCCUCAUAACAUCAGUGUUUAUGAGGAUUCAUAGAUCAUGUCGGAAUUCUUAUAAUUUGCAAGUUUAGUUUUUCUUUGACCAAUGUUUUCCUUCAGGUAGUAUAUGGUUGUAGACAUUAUGCUAUCAGUUUUCUUUAUUAGUUUGACAAAUACCAUACUUUCGGAACA